GACUACGUAAGUUAUGUCGAGCCAUGCUUCAAGGGCACGCUGGUACAAGCUGAUCUGGACAACAGAGAGCAUUUUAAGAUCCUGGUGGAAGGCCUCCAUGUUAAAGGAGAGGGCAAAGUAAAGAAAGCCAUGAAGGAGUCCUUUAAGAUCCUCAACCAGGCCUCAGCACAGGGCCAGGGCAGCUUGUGUAAUCAGGCCAUCAUGCUGAUAACCGACGGAGCCAUGGAAGACUUCCAGGAGGUCUUUGAAGAGUUCAACUGGCCCGAGCGCAGGGUACGGGUUUUCACCUAUCUGAUUGGACGUGAGAUGACCUUUGCCGAUAACGUGAAAUGGAUCGCAUGCAACAACAAAGGGUACUACACACACAUCUCAACACUGGCUGACGUGCAGGAGAACGUCAUGGAGUACCUCCAUGUGCUCAGCCGACCGAUGGUGAUCAACCAUGACCACGACAUCAUCUGGACGGAGGCCUAUAUGGACACUGUGCUGUUUAAUAGCCAGGCUCAGAGCUUACUUCUGAUGACCUCAGUGGCCAUGCCGGUCUUCAGCAAGAAACAAGAAACGUUAUCCCACGGUAUCCUGCUGGGAGUGGUGGGAACGGAUGUGGCUCUCAGAGAACUGAUUCGACUAGCGCCCAGAUACAAGCUGGGUAUCCAUGGUUACGCCUUCCUCAACACCAACAACGGCUACAUCCUGUCUCACCCUGAACUACGACCUCUGUAUAAAGAGGGCAAGAAGCUCAAGCCGAAGCCAAACUAUAACAGUGUUGAUCUGGCAGAGGUGGAGUGGGAGGACACUGAAGAGGCAUUGAGGACAGCCAUGGUCAAGGGAGAGACUGGAUCACUAUCUCUAGAUGUGAGAACAUCCGUGGACAAAGGGCGGAGGGUGAUGUUCCUGAGGAAUGAGUACUACUACACAGUGAUCAACGAGACCCCGUUCAGUCUGGGAAUAGUGCUGACCAAUGGACAUGGGCAAUAUAGAUUCAUCGGAAAUGUCUCGGUGGAAGAGGGUCUUCAUGACCUGAUAGCUCCCGACCUCACCAUAGCGACUGAGUGGACCUACUGUGAGACGGACAUCGACCCCUCCCACCGGAAGCUGACCCAGAUGCAGGCGAUGGUGCGCUACCUGACCGGGAAGGAGCCCGACCUGGAGUGUGACACGGACCUUCUGGGUCAGACUCUGUUCGAUGCCGUUGUCACUGCGCCGAUGGAGGCAUACUGGACCGCCCUCAUGCUCAACACCUCCAGCAUGGACGAGGGCGUGGAGACCGCCUUCCUGGGGACUCGGACAGGACUGAUGAGGGUUCAGAGAUACGCCGGCAUCGAGAAACGCGUCGCCAACACCUUUCUGACGCCGGCAGACAAGCUGAACAUCUUCACCCUGGACCACUUCCCCGUGUGGUACCGGAGGGCCGCUGAGAUCCCAGCAGGGCAGUUCCACUACUACCUGCCCAGAGAGGACACCCGAGAUGCCUUUAGAGACUAUGAGGCGGACUAUAGCGCCUCCGUCACGAGGGCGGAGCGGCGGCGCCGGGAGAGGGCGUGGCAGCGCCUGCGCAAACAGGCGGAGGAGGGAGCCAAGAUCGUGGUCGCUGCCACAGCCGUCAGCGUGACCGUGGGGAAGAAGACCGCCAUCGCUGGAGGUAGGAGGCAAAGAGGAUUCUUGUCUCUCUCUCUCGCUCUAGCUCUCGCUCUCGCUCUCUCUCUCUUUCUCUCUGUCUCUGUCUCUCUCCCUCUCCUUCUCUCCUGUUCUCUCUCUCUCCUGUUCUCUGUUGACUGUCUGUCUGUCUGUCUGUCUGUCUGUCUGUCUGUCUGUCUGUCUGUCUGUCUCCGUCUUUCUUUCUCUGUCUCUCACUCUCUCCCCCUCUUUCUCUCGCUCUCUCUCACACUCUCUUUGGUUUCUAUAGUCUCUCUAGCUCUGAUUCACUAAUUCUCUCAGCGAUUCAAUCUGGUUUUUAUGAAUGUAACAAAAGGGACGCAGCUGUUGUUGGCCUUCAGUUUUUUCUGACCAUAACUUGGAUGGGCAAAGACGUACUUGUCAGGACAGAUUCUGAUUCUGCCUGAUGAUCCACAAUUACUCACGCACAAAAUAAUGCGUGUGAGUGUGGGGGGAUUUCUUUGUAUCCAGAAAGUCUCCUGAGAGUAAUGUCCUUGCAGGGAGUGACUUUCUUUGACUGUGUAUGAAUAUGUGUGGGUGUGUGGGUGUGUGGGUGUGGGUGUGUGUGUGUGUGUGUGUGGGUGUGUGGGUGUGUGUGUGUGUGUGUGUGUGUGUGUGUGUGUGUGUGUGUGUAGGUGUGCGUGUGCGUGUCGUCCUUGUAAGCCCGCUGGUGUCGCCUGACACACUCAUCAGUCAUAAUUACCUGAUGCAACGCGAUGUUCACAGGAUGCAUCCACUGUGUAUUUGUGCUUACGAGCUUGUGUGUGUGUGUGUGUGUGCGUUUGGGUGUAGGUGUUUGUGUGUUUGUGUCCUUGUGAGUUUUGCACUGAGUUAUCGGUCUUACUUAUGUGAUAAAACAGGAGGCACUGGAAAUACAUCACCUGUGGGUGUGUGUAUCUGUGUGCGUAUGAGUGUGUGCGUGGAUGUUUAUCUGUGUGUGUGUGUGUGUGUGUGUGUGUGUGUGUGUGUGUGUGUGUGUGUGUGUGUGUGUGUGUGUGUGUGUGUGUGUGUGUGUUUGUGUGUGUUUGUGUG